AUGGAGAAUGUGAAUAUUAAUGACGUCCACAGAAGAGAGAAUGAGGAGAAGUUGAGAGAGGCGGCGGCUAGCGGGGACCUCGAUGCCAUAAAGAGUCUUGUCAGGAAAGGAGUUGACAUCAACUCUCAAAACAUCAUCAACCACUGGACAGCUUUACACUGGGCCUGUAAAAGAGGUCAUAAAUCAAUUGUUGCAUACCUAUUAAAAGAGGGGGCCAAUCCAUCCAUCACCACCCUAAACAGAGAAACGUGUUGGCAACUCUGUUCUGAUCCUAACUUUUCAGUACCUUUUACUGGGAAGCCAGAAUUUUGUAACAUUAGUUCUGACAACAACAACAACAGUUUCGAACAGUCGUUUGUACCUCAUUAUUUGGCUCAUCCCAUUUUUCCCUACGCUAAACAAAACAGCACAGAUCAACAUGAUGAUUACAGUAUCGAUGAAUUUCAGAAUGACUAUGGAAAAAGAUCGAAAAUGUCUAAUUUAUCUAUGGAGAGAGAGUUUUGUAAUGCUUCGUCUCUACCAUCUUCUGAAUUGGUUUUAAGAGUAAAACUCGAAAAUGAGAGUGACUUCAUUGAAGUUGAUUUUCAGGACAGAAAUACUCUUACAUUCAAACAACUUUUCGAAAUUCUCUGCAAUGAAUUCAAAAUAGAGAAGAGUUCAAUGAAGAAGUUAAGAAAACUACCAAAUACUAUAGUCAGAAAUGAUAGAGAUGUAAGACGUUUGUCGGAUUUCCAAGAACUUGAAUUGGUUCUAGUUCCUGCUGAAACUAUUCCUUUCGUCGAAAAUACUCCUAGAUAGUGUCUAAUUAGUCCUAUCUUAAACACUUUUUGCAUAUUUUUAUAAAAAAUUGUAUCAUCAUGGGUGAACUUUGGUUUUUAAUUUUGAUUUGCCUAUAUACUUUUUAGUCAGGGAUGUCAGAAGGGGAAGGUGGCAACUCCCUCCACUUCAAUUUAUCUUUUUAUCAUAAAAAAAACUUGUUGAAACAAUUUUAAGACGUUAUCAAUGAAAAUCUGGUAGCUGGUAUAUAAUAUUGUAAUGCAAAGUAU